UCCAUUUUGUACUACCGUUCAAUUCUUUUCAACCCUUCGUCAUGGACGUCAACGCUUACACCGUGGGUGCAGCCACUCUUGCGGCAUUCGGCGUGUACAUUGCCACGCGCCCUGGCCCGAAGCCCGUCCACCAGCCCAUUGAUGUCCACUGCCAAACUGUGGAGGUCGAUGCCAAGGAACACAUCCGCCGCAACGCAUCGUCGCCUGGCAAGCUCCUGUCGUACCACGACUACCACAUCAAGACCCUCUACGAGGGCUUCCACCACGGCAUCAAGCAAGCAGGCGACUCGAACUGCCUUGGAACCCGCACUGGCAACGGUCCGUUCGUCUGGGAGUCGUACAACCAGGUCGGCCAGCGCUUGACCAACUUUGGCUCGGGUCUCGUCCACCAUGGAGCAAAGGCGCAGUCGUACAUUGGCAUCUACAGCCAAAACCGCGCCGAGUGGGUUAUUGCCGAGCAAGCUUGCAAUGCGUACUCGCUCAUCACCGUCCCGCUCUACGACACUCUUGGUGCCGAGACCGCCGAGUUUAUUGUCGAUCAGGCCCAGAUUCGCACCAUCAUCUGCGAUCCGCCCAAGCUCGCUCUCCUGCUGGAUUCUGCGCCUCGCAUGAAGACUCUCAAGGAGAUUGUCAAGAUGGGCAGCGUUUCCGACAAGGAACGUGCUGAUUUCAAGGCCGUUGGCGUUGCCCUCCUCUCCUUUGCCGAGAUCGAGGCUGAAGGCGCAGCCAAGCCUGUUCCUCACCGCCCUCCGAGCCCCGAGGAUGUCGCCACCAUCUGCUACACCUCUGGCACGACUGGCAACCCCAAGGGCGCCAUGCUUACGCACGGCAACUUUGUGACCGACUUCCGAUGCUUGGACCGCUUCCUGGCGCUGAACAAGGACGAUGUCUACCUCAGCUAUCUCCCGCUGGCGCACAUGUUUGAGCGCAUUGUGCAGUCUGGUCUGUGGCCGGCUGGUGCGCAGAUUGGCUUCUUCCGCGGAGACGUCAAGCUGCUGGUCGAGGACAUUGCCGCCCUCCGCCCGACCAUUUUCUGCUCGGUGCCCCGCCUGCUCAACCGCAUCUACGACAAGGUUGUCGGCACGGUCACCCAGGCUGGUGGUGUGAAAAAGUUCCUGUUCGACCAGGCUCUGGCCUCCAAGUCGGCUGAACUCGCCCAGGGCAUUUGCCGCCGCGACAGCAUCUGGGACAAGCUGGUCUUCAAGAAGGUCCAGGCCACGCUUGGUGGCCGCGUCCGCGUCGUUGCGACCGGCGCUGCGCCCAUCGGCGGCAACGUGCUGACCUUCCUGCGCGCUGCGCUUGGCUGCCCGGUGUUUGAAGGCUACGGCCAGACUGAGUCGUCUGCCGCCUCGACCACCACGGUGCCUGGCGACUUUUCCGUCGGCCACGUCGGUGCUCCUCUGCCCUGCAACGAAAUCAAGCUUGCAGAUGUGCCCGACAUGAACUACUUUUCCAAGGACAACCGCGGUGAGAUUUGCUUCCGUGGCGCCAACGUCUUCCGUGGCUACCUCAACGACAAGGCCAAGACGGACGAGGCGCUCGACAGCGAAGGCUGGCUGCACUCUGGCGACAUUGGCGAGUGGGACGCCGAGCGGCCAGGCUGCGCAUCAUUGAUCGCAAGAAGCAUAUCUUUCAAGCUGGGCCCAGGGCGAGUACAUUGCUCCCGAGAAGAUUGAAAACAUUUACACGCGCUCGACGCUGAUUGCUCAGGCAUUCGUGUACGGCAGCUCGCUUGAACCGUCGCUCGUUGCCGUCAUUGUGCCCGAUCCGGACGUGCUGCCGAGCUGGGCUGCCUCGAAGGGCCUCAAGGGCAACUACUCUGCUCUGUGCGCCCACCCCGAGGUCAAGAAGGCCAUCUUUGACGACAUUGUCCGCAUUGCCAAGGAAGCGAAGCUCAACGCGCUCGAGCUUGUCAAGGCCAUUCACCUUCACGACGAGCUGUUCAGCGUCGAGAACAACCUUCUGACUCCCACCUUCAAGAGCAAGCGUCCCGAGCUGUCCAAGGCGUUCAAGACCCAGUUGGAUGCCAUGUACGCAUCGCUUCCCAAGCAGUCCUAGGCUGGAUUUUGAAGGGGAGUUUUUUUUUUUCCUCGUUGCGUUUUGCUUGUUUUGAAUUAGUCUUGCUUUGUGGUUUUUUUUCCCUCGCUCUGUCACUCAUGAAUACAUCAUUUUGCAUGCAA